AUGAGUCCCUCGACAUCCAGGAACCUCCUUCACCCAGAAGUCUCUAUCAUCCAGAAGUCUCUAUCAUCCCUUCGAGCAAUGUUGUUCUGGACCGCAGUUCUAUCAGCUGCCCUCGUGGCAGGCUUAACCGUCAAGGAAACAGAUGAUGGUAUCGUCGUUGACGUUGAAGGCGAUGAUGCCUUCGUGGUGACCAUCGACAACUCGGGAUCUAUCUCCUCGCUCCAGUACAGAGAAACUGAGUAUCAGUACUCUGGAAUGCUGAGUCACAUUGCAUCUGGCCUCGGUAGCGGCGCGUCCGUGAAUCAUACGACCGAAGGGAAUUAUGCUGUCGUUUCGGCCACUAUCGAUGACGACGAAUUCAACCUGACCCACUACUACGUCUUUCAGGAUGGCCUUAGCGCGAUCUACAUGGGCACUAAUUCGCUCUCCCAGCCCUCCGUCGGGGAGCUACGCUAUAUCGCACGUUUGACUAACCUUCCUGAGGCCUAUAAGGAGGGCGAGGUCUCGGAUAUCACUGGCGGAAAAGCCGUCGAGGCAGAAGAUGUUUUCCUUGUUGAUGGAGAGACACGAAGCAAGUUUUACUCCUCCCAGCGCUUCAUCGAUGACUCUGUCUACUGCGCCUACACCUCAGACAGCUCCGUCCAUGCCUGCUUCCUCUCUGACACGCGCUCCCGCGAGAAAUCCUCCGGCGGUCCCUUCUUCAGAGACAUCGACCUAAACCUCGGGGGCGACUACCACUCCGUCACCUACUACAUGAACUCCGGCCAUGCCCAGACAGAAGAUUUUCGCACUGGCUUCUUCGGCCCAUACAUCUUGUCAUUUUCAGGCUCCUCGAUCCCAUCGUGGUCCGACUUCGACACCUCCUUCUUCGAUGACCUCAAACUAGACGGCUACACUGGCUCCUCAGGCCGCGGCGCCAUCUCCGGCUCCGUAAGUGGAACAUCCGACACCCUCCCGGCCGUCGUCCACUUCUACAAUGACGACUACCAAUCCUGGACAAAUGCCUCAGACGGCUCCUUCACGUCCCCAGAACUCGUCAAGGGAUCGUACACCGUCGCCUUAUACCAGGACGAACUGCUCGCAGCCACCACAACCGUGGCCGUAUCAGCCGGGGCAACAGCAACAGCCUCGAUCAGCGCAACGAACGAAAUCAUCACCGGGAAAAGGACCACAAUCUUCCAAAUCGGCGAGUACGACGGCACACCCUCCGGCCUCCUCAACGCAGACAAACAGCUCCGCAUGCAUCCUUCCGACGACAGGAUGUCGGAUUGGAACCCUACCCCGUUUGUCGUCGGUUCAAGCAAAGACAGCUCCUUCCCUAUGGCGCUCUUCGCCGACGUCAACAACAACUUCGAGAUCCAGUUCAAGGUCGACGGAGCCAUCGACGCCAAAAAGGUCACGGUCCGAAUUGCAACGACCCUCUCGUACGCCGGUGGACGGCCUCAAAUCACCCUUAACAAAGACGAGUGUGACGCGCCUGAUGCUCCGGCUACGAUCGACUCGAGGGUGGGUCAUGGCGAUGUGUACACCUGCUCCUUUGAUGCGGCGAGUGUGGUUGAUGGUGAGAAUUCAGUCUAUAUCGCGGUUGUAUCGGGAAGUAGUGGUGAGAAGUUCCUCAGCCCGAACUUUGUCGUUGAUGCUGUUGAGGUUUACUAUUGA